AUGGACGUGACCUGGGAGCAUGAGUUCGAGUUGUGCUUGAGAGACAGCGUGCUGCUUCUCAGAGAGGGAUUGCAGGGUAGCGCUGAGGAGGUCGGAGUGCAGGCGGGUGAGCGUGGGGAGGGCUUCGAUUUGGAGGUGGUGUAUGCUCGGAAGGAGGCCGAGGUGCCGCCGGGCUUGGGCAGCGGUAAGAAUGGUGUGGAUAGAGGUGGUGUUGGGGUCGCAGGGGAGGUCUCAGAUUUUGUCGACGAGGGCGAACAUUUGACGGUGGAGAUCUUCGGACUGGGUGAUGAAGAAGCUUCUCUCGAUGGGAAUGAUGGAGAGACUUCUCUCGAUAACACGGGUGAUGGUGAAAAUGGUGGAGAUGGAGAGGAUGAGGAGAACGACCGCAACCUUGCCGUCGGCCUCUCCCCGCUUCGUCCUCACAGGGACCUCUUCAUCGACGAUGUGCGGAUGGAUGAACUGGUAGAUGCGCAACAAGACCGACUGUGCCGCCAACUCCCGGCCAAACGACAGGUCGAUAAACUCGAAGACGAGGUCGAUCGAUUCGGAGACAUUCGGCAUGCGUUGCUUACAGAUGCCGAGGGCGUUGCAAAAGGUAGUAAUAUUGUUAGGAGAGAACCGGGAGGUCUUUCUAUCUAA